AUGGCUCAUUCUACAGAUUCUGAUUCUGAUUUUGUAUCAACAACUGUUCCAAGUAAAAAAGUGCAAACAAAUGCAACUGUAAAAAAAACAGGGAAAGAAAUUUAUAUCGAUAUAGAUUCAGCGAGUCAAGAUAUGGUUAAAAAAGAUGAUGAAUCUGAUGAAGAAAUCUAUGUAAAAAAGAAAAUCGGUGAUAGAAAAUAUGUUGAAGGAGUAACAAAGAUUAAAGAAGCAAAAAGGAAGAGGAAUAGUGGGGACAAUCGUGCAACAAUAAAGAAACAAAAAACCGUGAAAGAGCAAAAGAUUGUGAAAGAUAUAUUGAAGGAGUUGCCUUCAAUAAACACUAGAUCGACACCUGGAUUGAUGAAAGAUGUUGUAAGUUCUUUGACAUCAGAACAAAAAGAUUGGGUGAAACGGAUGAGAUUUAAAGCAUUUUUAAAGAUCAACAUUAAGCAUUAUGAUGAAGGCACAAACAGUAUUUUGAUUAAAGGAAAAAGAAUAAAGAUCACAAAGGAAAAAAUUCAUAAAGUGUUUGGUUUACCCAAAACUGGAAAAAGCUUAUUUGACUUGGGCAAGGUUAGUGAAGAUCAUCAAGUGUUUGAUGGAUGGAUGAAGGAACUUGAAGACGGAAAGGCAAAUGCAACAAACUACAAGAAGAUUAUUCAAAAAUCCGAACAAGUGGAUAUGAAUUUCAAGUUGGGUUUCAUAGCUUUAUUUGUUAAUACGUUUGCAGAAUCCAUUCCUAUGGGGACAAACAACUUAGUUCCAGUUAGAGCACUUGUUGAAGUAGAUGACAUUUCUAAAAUCGAUUGGUGUGCACAUUUGUUGUACUGUGUGAAAAAUUCAAAAGGGAGAUGGCGUCCAGACAACCCCAAGUGUUAUUAUAUAGGCCCGAUGUUGUUGCUAUUGACAGCGGAUAAGUUAAAGGAAAGACAAUCUUUUGAGAUUGAAGCUGGUGGAUUAGGGGUUGGGAAUCUAAUUGAACAAAGUUCAAAUUUAGAACUUGAUAAGAAUGAAAAUCAGGUGAAUGAGAAUCAGGACACACGUAUUGAGGAGUAUGAAGAAAAGUAUGAAAAAAAUUUCAGCAAUGUCUCAACUGAAAAGAAUGAUAUGGAAGAUAUUAUUUUUCAUUGUCUAUCGAAGUUCCCUGAAGACAAUAGAACGAAGGAGAUGAUAAGAAAGUUUAGAGAAAUAUUUUCAACUACACAUUUUUCUAGUCGAGAGAAAUCAGAAAUUGUUAAGGAGAGAACUGAAGUCAAAGUAGAUAGAGAUGAAGAGCUUAAUAAAACAAACAUUUUUGAUUCUGAUGAUGAUAAAGAUGAAAGAAUGAAUACAAAGUUGGUUGCAUUUUUAGCUGUUAAACCAUUACAACAGAAGUUUCCAGAGAAUGAAGAAACACAAGAAGAAGAUCAAGAUAUGAAUGUUGAUGACUGA